UUUCCGCUGCCGCUAGUCGCUGUUGAUCGGCGAAUCGGUGGGUGUCACACCUGUCGCACGUAUCGUAUCCCUUAUGUCGCCUUGAGGUAGACAUCGGCGACUUUUAAUCGCGUCACAAUGGCGGCAGACACCGCCGAAGGCGCGGCACCACCCGUCGCCCCCACUGAAGACGUCGAGCUGGCCGAUGUCGGCUCGCUCGUCAAGUACCUCCGUCGCGUGGUACCGGUGCUUCUCGAAGAAGACGAGGUCCUCCACCCGUCGCUGGACACGGCGCUCGGGGACAAGACUAACCUCGAGGUGCUCCGCAAGUUCAUCGCGGAUCCUCAGGUCAAGACACUGCUUGUGCAGCGGUCAUCCAGCAAGGAUGAGGAACUCGUUGGUGAGGGUGGUGGGGAUGUUGAGGAAGAGACUGUCACCUAUACUAUAUCCAGCGAGGUUCACUUCACAAAUCCCAAGAUCAACAGCUUGGUCAUCAUUAAGAAGUAUGCUGUCAUUGAGGCCGACAAGAAGGUUCCCUCCCAACUGCGGGUGAUGAACCUGAACGAUGCCUCGCCUUACGAGACGCUCCACUCUUAUGUCAGCAGUGCAGUGGCACCUUACUUCAAGUCAUACGUCAAGGAGACUGGACGAGCUGAAAGGGAUGGAGACAAGAUGGCUCCCACCGUGGAGAAGAAGAUAGCAGAGCUCGAGAUGGGCCUGCUGCACCUGCAGCAGAACAUCGACAUUCCAGAGAUCACGCUGGUGGUGCACCCGCUUGUCGCGAGCACCAUCAAGCGCUGCGCCGAGGAGGGGCGCCGUGCCACGGCCGCUGACUUUGGUGACCGCACCGAGGACUCCAGCUUCCUCAACCAGUUGCAGAAUGGAGUCAACCGCUGGAUACGAGAGAUCCAGAAGGUGACAAAGCUGGACCGAGAUCCGUCAUCUGGCACGGCCCUGCAGGAGAUCAGCUUCUGGCUCAACCUGGAGCGGGCCCUGCUCCGCAUCCAGGAGAAGCGCGAGAGCCUCGAGGUAGCCCUCACCUUGGACCUGCUGAAGAAGGGCAAGCGCUUCCACGCCACGGUCAGCUUCGACACGGACACGGGACUCAAGCAGGCGCUGGCCACCGUCAACGACUACAACCCCCUGAUGAAGGACUUUCCCCUCAACGACCUGCUCGCGGCCACCGACCUGGACCGCAUACGGCUCGCUCUGCACGGCAUCUUCUCACACCUGCGCAAGAUCCGGUCGACCAAGUACCCCAUCCAGAGGGCGCUGCGCCUCGUCGAAGCCAUCUCGCGGGACCUCAUGACACAGAUGCUCAAGGUACUGGGCACGAGACGCCUGAUGCACGCACCCUUCGAUCACUUCGAGUCGGUGAUGAGUGCCUGCCUGGAGGUCUUCAAUGCCUGGGACGAGGAGUACGACAAGCUGCAGUCGCUGCUGCGUGACAUAGUCAAGAAGAAGCGCGACGAGCACAUCAAGACCGUGUGGCGAGUGACGCCCGCCCACAAGCGCCUGCAGGCCCGUAUGGAACAGAUGCGCAAGUUCCGACGGCAGCACGAGCAGCUGCGCACUGUCAUAGUGCGUGUGCUGCGACCCGUGGCUGCACCGCGCACAGUGCAAGGCAGUGCCACCACCACACCUGACACCGAUCAGCCGGAGCUGCCGGAAGCUGCCGUGCUCGACUCGGCUGACAGUAGUGCCAUUGAGGAGGUGAACCUGGCAUACGAGAACGUCAAGGAAGUUGACGGCCUGGACAUCUCCAAGGAAGGCACAGAAGCCUGGGAUGCAGCCGUCAAGAGAUACGAGGAGCGCAUUGACCGGGUGGAGGCCCGCAUCACGGGCCGCCUGCGUGACCAGCUGGGCACGGCCAAGAACGCCAACGAGAUGUUCCGCAUCUUCUCGCGCUUCAACGCGCUGUUUGUGCGGCCGCACAUCCGGGGUGCCAUCCGCGAGUACCAGACGCAGCUCAUGCAGCGCGUCAAGGACGACAUCGAGGCCCUGCACGAAAAGUUCAAGGUGCAGUACACCCAGAGCAAGGCCUGCCUCAUGAGCAAGGAGCGAGACCUGCCCCCCGUCGCCGGAUCCAUCAUCUGGGCCAAGCAGAUUGAUCGCCAGCUGUCAGUGUACAUGAAGCGCGUGGAGGACGUGCUGGGCAAGGGCUGGGAGAACCACGUUGAGGGCCAGAAGCUGAAGAGCGACGCGGACAGCUUCCGCGCCAAGCUCUCGACGCAGCCCAUCUUCGACGAGUGGUCUCGGCUGGUGCAGCAACGGCAGCUCGGCGUCACGGGCCGCAUCUUUGCCAUCGACAACCAGCGCUCGCGCACGGGCAACCUUCUGCGCCUCAAGGUCAACUUCCUCCCCGAGAUCAUCACCCUGGCAAAGGAGGUUCGCAAUCUCAAGUGGAUGGGCUUCCGCGUUCCCCUCGCCAUCGUCAACAAGGCUCACCAGGCCAAUCAGCUCUACCCGUUUGCCAUCUCGCUCAUCGAGAGUGUGCGCACCUACGAGCGCACCUGCGAGAAGGUGGAGGAACGACCCUCCAUCACCCUGCUGAUUGCCGGCCAGAAGCGGGAAGUGCAGAACCUCAUAGCCGAGGGCAUUGGACUGGUCUGGGAAUCCUACAAACUGGAUCCGUACGUCCAGAAGCUCGCAGAGACCGUCUUCAACUUCCAGGAAAAGGUGGAUGACCUGAUGGCCAUCGAGGAACAGAUUGACAUCGAUGUCCGAUCGCUGGAGACAUGUCCCUACAGCGCCUCCACAUUUGCAGAGAUCCUCAACAAGAUCCAGAAGGCUGUUGACGACCUCAGCCUUCACCAGUACUCCAACCUGCACCACUGGGUCAGCAAGCUAGACGAGCAGGUAGAGGCCAAGCUGGCUGGCCGUCUCGAAGCCGGCAUCCAAGCCUGGACACUGGCCCUGGAGGGCAAGAAGGAGGGUGCCACAAACGAGACAGAUCCGGAUGCCACGACACCGGGUGACAAGGAAGGGGGUGCCACGGUGCACCACCCACUGGGCGGGGAGCCCCAGGUGCACACGCUGGUGCACGAGGUGCGCAUCACCAACCAGGUGAUGUACCUGAGCCCUAGCCUGGAGGAGUCCCGCUUUAGCCUGCUCCAGCAGCUCUUUGCCUGGCAGAACAUUGUGCUCUCUCAGAUACGCAUCCAGAGCACCCGGUACCAGGUCGGCCUGGAACGUCAGGAGACCCCGACUUAUCGAGGCCUGCUGCGCAUGAUGAUGGACGGCACCAACGUGCUGGAGAAGUGCUACGGCUGCAUCGAGGCCAUCGUCAAGCAGGUGAAGGUGUACGUGAGCGAGUGGCUGCGAUACCAGGCCCUGUGGGACCUGCAGCAGGACAUGUUGUACAACCGGCUGGGUGACGACAUCGGCCUCUGGAUGAGGACCCUCGUCGAGAUCAAGAAAUCGCGCACCACCUUCGACACAAGUGAUGUGCGCAAGAAGUUUGGACCCAUCAUCAUCGACUAUGCCAAGGUGCAGUCCAAGGUGACCCUGAAGUACGAUUCUUGGCACAAGGAAGUGCUGGGCAAGUUUGGUACACUUCUCGGCAACGACAUGGCCCAGUUCCACACCACCGUCUCCAAGUCACGGAGUGAGCUGGAGCAGCAGUCCAUAGACACGGCGAGCACCUCGGAUGCAGUGUCCUUCAUCACCUAUGUGCAGUCGCUGAAGCGCAAGAUGAAGUCGUGGGAACAGCAAGUUGAGUUGUACAAGGAAGGCCAGCGCAUCCUGGAGCGGCAGCGCUUCCAGUUCCCCAACUGGUGGCUGCACGUGGACAACGUGGAGGGCGAGUGGUCAGCCUUCACCGAGAUGAUGCGCCGCAAGGACACGGCCAUAUCCUCCCAAGUGGCCAGCCUGCAGAUGAAGGUGGUGGCCGAGGACCGGGCGGUCGAGGCACGCACGGCCGACUUCCUGGCCGACUGGGAGAAGAGCAAGCCCGUCCAGGGGUCCCUGAAGCCCUCGGAGGCCACCAGCCAGCUGGCCAUCUUCGAGUCCAAGUUCAGCCGACUCAAGGAGGACCGCGAGAACCUGGUCAAGGAAGAGGCCCUUGAGCUGCAGGAGCCUGGUGUCGUCUCUCCUGGCGACGAGCGGCUGCAUGUGGCCCUGGAAGAACUGCAAGACCUUAAGGGUGUCUGGUCUGAGCUGGCCAAGAUCUGGGACCAGAUUGACCAGAUGAAGGAGCAGCCCUGGCUGUCGGUGCAAGCACGAAAGCUGCGCCAACAACUGGAUGGCCUGCUCAACCAGCUGAAGGAACUGCCAGCCCGCCUGCGGCAGUACGCCUCGUACGAGUACGUCAAGAAGGUGCUCAUGGGAUACACAAAGGUCAACUUGCUCAUUGUGGAGCUGAAAUCGGAUGCCCUGAAGGAGCGCCACUGGAAGCAGCUGAUGCGUCAGCUGCGCGUCAACUGGGUCCUCUCUGAGCUGACCCUGGGCCUCGUGUGGGACAUUGACCUGCAGCGCAACGAGGCCAUUGUCAAGGACGUCAUCCUGGUGGCACAGGGAGAGAUGGCCCUCGAAGAGUUCCUCAAACAGGUGCGUGAAGCCUGGCAGAACUAUGAGCUGGACCUGGUCAACUACCAGAACAAGUGUCGGCUCAUCCGCGGCUGGGACGACCUCUUCAACAAGGUCAAGGAGCACAUCAACUCGGUCGCUGCCAUGAAGCUCUCGCCCUACUACAAGGAGUUUGAAGAAGAUGCUCUCGCCUGGGAGGAGAAGCUGAACCGCAUCAACGCCCUGUUCGACGUGUGGAUCGACGUUCAGCGGCGCUGGGUCUACCUGGAGGGCAUCUUCUCCGGCAGCGCCGACAUCCAGACACUGCUGCCCAUGGAGACCUCUCGCUUCACGAGCAUCAGCUCAGAGUUCCUGACCCUGAUGAAGAAAGUGAGCAAGAGCCCCCUGGUGUUGGACGUGCUCAACAUUCAGGGAGUGCAGCGUUCGCUCGAGCGACUCGCCGACCUGCUUGGCAAGAUUCAGAAGGCCCUCGGAGAGUACCUGGAACGGGAGCGUUCAUCAUUCCCCAGGUUCUACUUUGUCGGUGACGAGGACUUGCUGGAAAUCAUCGGCAACAGCAAGAACAUCCCGCGGCUGCAGAAGCAUUUCAAGAAGAUGUUCGCGGGUGUGGCCUCCAUCGUCCUCAACGAGGAGAACACCCUGGUCACUGGACUGUCCUCCAAGGAAGGCGAAGAGAUGGUGUUCAGCACCCCGGUGUCCAUUGCGGAGAACCCCAAGAUCAACGAAUGGCUCACCCUGGUGGAGAAGGAGAUGCGUGUGACGCUGGCCAAGCGGCUGGCGUCGGCCGUGGCCGAGAGCGCACCCUUCAAGCAGGGCACCAUCAACCAGCAGGAGUACAUGGCCUGGACUGACCGGUACCAGAGCCAAAUUGUGGUGCUGGCUGCACAAAUUUCCUGGUCGGAGGACGUGGAGGCGGCCUUGCAGACGAUGGAGAAGGCCGGUGCGGAUGCCAGCAGCCAGCCCCUGGAGACGGUGCUGCAGUCUGUGGAGCAGACGCUCAACGUGCUCGCCGACUCCGUGCUCCAGGAGCAGCCGCCCCUCCGACGCAAGAAGCUCGAGCACCUGAUUACAGAGUUUGUGCACAAGCGUGACGUGACUCGCUCCCUGCUGAAGAGUGGUGUCAAGGGUCCCCGGGACUUCCAGUGGCUGAGCCAGAUGCGCUUCUACUUCGACCCGCGGCAGCCCGAGGUGCUGCGCCAGCUGUCGAUUCACAUGGCCAACGCCCGGUUCAGCUACGGCUUCGAGUACCUGGGCGUCCAGGACAAACUGGUGCAGACGCCUCUCACAGACCGCUGCUACCUGACCAUGACACAGGCCCUAGAGGCACGUCUCGGAGGAUCACCAUUCGGGCCGGCUGGCACUGGAAAGACAGAAUCAGUGAAGGCUCUUGGACAUCAGUUGGGCCGCUUUGUGCUGGUCUUCAACUGUGAUGAGACCUUUGACUUCCAGGCCAUGGGCCGCAUCUUUGUGGGCUUGUGCCAAGUGGGUGCGUGGGGCUGCUUUGACGAGUUCAACCGGCUCGAGGAGCGCAUGCUCUCGGCCGUCUCGCAGCAGAUCCAAAUGAUCCAGGAGACCCUGCGCAGCCGUGAAGGAGGAAAGGGCACAGAUCAGCCGCUAUCUGUAGAGCUGAUUGGGAAGCAGGUGCGGGUGAACCCGGACAUGGCCAUCUUCAUCACGAUGAACCCCGGCUACGCCGGCCGCUCCAACCUGCCUGACAACCUGAAGAAGCUGUUCCGCUCGCUGGCCAUGACCAGCCCCGACCGGCAGCUCAUCGCCCAGGUCAUGCUCUUCUCACAGGGCUUCCGCUCAGCCGAGAAGCUCGCCUCCAAGAUUGUGCCCUUCUUCAAGCUGUGCAACGAACAGCUGUCCAACCAGUCACACUAUGACUUUGGUCUUCGGGCGUUGAAAAGCGUGCUCGUGAGCGCGGGCAACAUCAAGCGUGACCGCAUCCAGCGCAUCCGUGAUGAGCUGAGGGAGAAAGGCGAGGGAGCCAUUGAGGAGAACUCCAUUGCCGAACACCUUCCCGAGCAAGAGAUCCUGAUCCAGAGUGUGUGUGAGACCAUGGUGCCCAAGCUGGUGGCCGAGGACAUCCCGCUGCUCUUCUCGCUGCUGUCUGAUGUGUUCCCUGGCGUAUCGUACACUCGGGCCGAGAUGCGCUCCCUCAAGGAGCACAUCGUCAAGGUCUGCCAGGAGAUGUUCCUGGUGGCCGGCGAGGGAGAGGAACAGGGCGGAGCCUGGAUGGAGAAGGUUCUCCAGCUGUACCAGAUCUCGCAGCUGAACCACGGCCUGAUGAUGGUCGGCCCCAGCGGUAGUGGCAAGUCAACUGCCUGGAAGGUGCUGCUCAAGGCCCUCGAGCGUCUGGAAGGUGUUGAGGGGGUGGCGCACGUCAUUGACCCCAAGGCCAUCUCUAAAGAGGCGCUCUAUGGUGUGCUGGACCCAAACACCCGUGAGUGGACUGAUGGGCUGUUCACACACAUUUUGAGAAAGAUCAUUGACAACGUGAGGGGGGAGAUCAACAAGCGCCAGUGGAUCAUCUUCGACGGUGAUGUUGACCCCGAGUGGGUUGAGAACUUGAACAGUGUACUGGAUGACAACAAGCUGCUCACUCUGCCCAACGGAGAACGACUCAGCCUUCCACCCAACGUGCGGGUGAUGUUUGAGGUGCAGGACCUUCGGUUUGCGACGCUGGCCACGGUCUCCCGGUGUGGCAUGAUCUGGUUCAGCGAGGACGUGCUGAGCACCGAGAUGAUCUUUGAGCACUUCCUGCUGCGGCUGCGCCACAUUCCCCUGGAGGAGGCCGAGGACGACCACACGGCCUACCGCAGCAGCAAGAAGGACUCGGCCAAGGAGGACGCCCUGUCACCCACCUUGCAGACCCAGCGAGACGUCGCACUGAUCCUGCAGCCCUACUUUGGAAGCGAAGGCCUGGUGGUCCGAGCCCUGGAGUGGGCCUCGCGCCAGGAACACGUCAUGGACUUCACUCGCUUCCGAGCCCUGGGCUCCCUGUUCUCCAUGCUGAACCAGGCCACGCACAAUGUGCUUGCCUACAACCACUCGCACCCAGACUUCAUGAUGCAGCAAGACCAGCUGGAGAAGUACAUUCCCAAGUGCCUCGUGUACGCCCUGCUGUGGUCGUUCGCGGGUGACGGCCGUCUGAAGGUGCGCUCUGAGCUGGGCGACUUCAUCCGCAGCGUGGCCACAGUGUCCCUGCCAGCCAACACAGGCAUGCCCAUCAUUGACUACGAGGUGUCUCUGUCGACGGGCGAAUGGACCCCCUGGCAGAGCAAGGUGCCUCAGGUGGAAGUGGAAACUCACAAGGUGGCCGCGCCAGACGUGGUGGUGCCCACGGUGGACACUGUGCGCCACGAGGCCCUCCUCUACACGUGGCUGGCCGAGCACCGGCCCCUGGUGCUGUGCGGUCCGCCCGGCUCCGGCAAGACCAUGACCCUCUUCUCCGCUCUGCGCUCGCUGCCCGACAUGGAGGUGGUGGGCCUCAACUUCUCCAGUGCCACCACCCCCGAGCUGCUGCUGAAGACAUUCGACCACUACUGCGAGUACCGGCGCACCCCGAACGGCGUGGUGCUCUCCCCGAUCCAGUUGGGCAAGUGGCUGGUGCUCUUCUGCGACGAGAUCAACCUGCCCGACAUGGACAAGUACGGGACGCAGCGUGUGAUCUCCUUCCUGCGGCAGCUGGUGGAGCAUGGAGGCUUCUACCGAACCACGGACCACACCUGGGUCCGUCUGGAGCGGAUCCAGUUUGUGGGCGCAUGCAACCCGCCCACGGACCCUGGCCGAAAGCCACUCUCACACAGGUUCCUGCGACAUGUGCCCGUGGUCUACGUCGACUACCCGGGCGAGACGUCGCUCAAGCAGAUCUAUGGCACCUUCAACCGCGCCAUGCUGCGCAUGGUGCCUUCGCUCAGAGCCUACGCAGAGCCCCUCACUGCUGCCAUGGUGGAGUUCUACCUCUUGUCUCAGGAGCGCUUCACCCAGGACAUGCAGCCGCACUAUGUGUACAGCCCGCGUGAGCUGACCCGCUGGGUGCGGGGCAUCUGCGAGGCUCUGCGGCCGCUCGAGACGCUACCCGUCGAGGGGCUGGUGCGCAUCUGGGCACACGAGGGGCUCCGACUGUUCCAGGACAGACUGGUUGAGGAUGAGGAGCGUGCCUGGACAGAUGAGAACGUGGAUGUGGUGGCUCUGAAGCACUUCCCCAACAUCAACCAGGAUGAGGCACUGGGGCGGCCCAUCCUCUACAGCAACUGGCUCUCCAAGGACUACGUUCCCGUCAAGCGAGACGAGCUGCGGAACUACGUCAAGGCCAGGCUCAAGAUUUUCUACGAAGAGGAGCUGGAUGUGCAGCUGGUCCUGUUCAACGAGGUCCUUGAUCACGUGCUCCGCAUCGACCGUAUCUUCCGGCAGCCACAGGGUCACCUUCUGCUGAUCGGCGUGAGCGGCGCGGGCAAGACGACGCUGUCGCGCUUUGUGGCCUGGAUGAACGGCCUGAGCGUCUUCCAGAUCAAGGUCCACAACAAGUACACCGCGGCGGACUUUGACGAGGACCUGCGGUCGGUGCUGCGCCGGGCCGGGUGCAAGGCCGAGAAGAUCUGCUUCAUCCUGGACGAGGGCAACGUGCUGGAUUCGUCCUUCCUGGAGCGCAUGAACACCCUCCUGGCCAACGGCGAGGUGCCCGGCCUGUUCGAAGGGGACGAGUACGCGGCCCUCAUGACCCAGUGCAAGGAGGGCUCGCAGCGCGAGGGACUCAUGCUGGACUCGAGCGAGGAGCUGUACAAGUGGUUCACGGGGCAGGUGAUGCGCAACCUGCACGUCGUGUUCACCAUGAACCCGUCCUCCGAGGGACUCAAGGACAGGGCGGCCACAUCUCCAGCACUCUUCAACAGGUGUGUCCUGAACUGGUUUGGUGACUGGUCAGACGACGCCCUCUUCCAAGUGGGCAAAGAGUUCACCUCCAAGCUGGACAUUGACCGGACCAACUAUUCGGUGCCUGCGGAGCACUUCCCAGUGGCCGUGCCUGGCCUGAGGCUGCCCCCUGACCACAGGAGCGCCAUCGUUAAUGCCUUUGUGUACGUGCACCAGACGCUGCACAGGGCGAGCAGCCGGCUCGCCAAGCGUGGCGCCCGGUCCAUCACCAUCACGCCCCGCCACUACCUGGACUUCAUCAACCACUACGUCAAGCUGUUCAACGAGAAGCGCUCAGAGCUGGAGGAGCAGCAGCUCCACCUCAACGUAGGCCUGCAAAAGAUCCGCGAGACAGUCGAGCAGGUUGAGGAGCUGCAGAAAUCUCUGGCACUGAAGUCGCGUGAGCUGGAGGCCAAGAACCAGGCUGCCAACGCCAAGCUCAAGGAGAUGCUGAAAGACCAACAGGAGGCCGAGAAGAAGAAAGUGCAGUCGCACGAGAUCCAAGCUCAGCUCAGGAAACAAGAAGAAAUCAUCGCUGAGAAGCGUGCCAGUGUCAUGGCCGACCUGGCACAAGUCGAACCCGCUGUCAUUGAAGCACAGCAGGCGGUGAAGUCUAUCAAGAAGCAGCACCUGGUAGAGGUUCGGUCGAUGGGCAACCCACCAUUUGCGGUCAAGAUGGCCCUCGAGUCCAUCUGCCUGCUGCUCGGAGAGUCGACGACCGACUGGAAGGCCAUUCGCUCCGUCAUCAUCCGCGAGAACUUCAUCAACACCAUCGUCAACUUCAGCACAGACGAUAUCACCGAUGACAUCCGGAACAAGAUGAAGACCAAAUACCUGAACAACCCCGAGUUCAACUUUGAGAAGGUGAACCGUGCCAGUCUUGCCUGUGGGCCCAUGGUCAAGUGGGCCAUUGCUCAGAUCAACUUUGCGGACAUGCUGAAGCGUGUGGAGCCCCUGCGCAACGAACUGGCCAGCCUAGAAGCUGAGGCAGACAGCAACAAGCACAACGCCGAAGAAAUCGACUCGGUCAUCGUGCAGCUGGAGAAGAGCAUUGCCUCUUACAAGGAGGAGUACGCCAACCUUGUGUCGCAGGCACAAGCCAUCAAGACCGACCUGGCCAACGUCCAGGCGAAGGUGGACCGCAGCAUUGCCCUGCUGAGCAGCUUGAGCUCUGAGAAGCAGCGUUGGGAAGACACGAGCGAGACCUUCAAGAACCAGAUGUCGACCAUCUCUGGCGAUGUGCUUCUUGGCUCGGCGUUCCUGGCGUACGCUGGCUACUUUGACCAGCAGUACCGGCAGAACCUCUUCAACAACUGGUGCGCCCACCUACAACAGGCAGGCAUUCACUUCCGCCUCGAUCUGGCACGCACAGAGUACCUGUCGACGGCAGACGAACGCCUCCGCUGGCAAGCGAAUGCAUUGCCAACUGAUGACCUUUGCACAGAGAACGCCAUCAUGCUCAAGCGGUUCAACCGCUAUCCACUCAUCAUCGAUCCAUCCGGUCAAGCCACCAAGUACAUCCUCAAUGAGUUCCGAGAGCGCAAGAUUACCAAGACCAGCUUCCUAGAUGACUCCUUCCGGAAGAACUUGGAGAGUGCGUUGCGUUUCGGCAACCCAUUGCUUGUUCAGGAUGUGGAGAGCUAUGACCCGAUCCUGAAUCCAGUGCUGAACAGAGAAGUUCGCAAGACGGGUGGCCGUGUCCUCAUCACGCUCGGUGACCAGGACAUUGACUUGUCACCCACGUUCUGCAUUUUCUUGUCCACCCGUGACCCAACCGUGGAGUUCCCACCCGACCUUUGUUCGAGGGUAACCUUUGUCAACUUCACGGUGACCCGGAGCAGCUUGCAGAGCCAGUGCCUGAAUCAGGUCUUGAAGGCGGAGCGAGAGGACAUUGACGAGAAGCGCUCGGACCUCCUGAAACUUCAGGGAGAGUUCCAUGUGCGGCUGCGGCAGCUGGAGAAGUCUCUCCUCCAGGCCUUGAAUGACUCGAAAGGCAGGAUUCUGGAUGACGACAGUGUGAUAAGCACACUAGAGAAGCUCAAGAACGAGGCGGCCGAGAUUUCGCGCAAGGUGGAAGAGACGGACAAGGUGAUGGCCGAGGUGGAGGCCGUCUCCCUCCAGUACCAGCCCCUGGCCCAGGCCUGCUCCUCCAUUUUCUUCACCCUCGAGGGUCUCCACCAGGCCCACUUCCUGUACCAGUACUCGCUGCACUUCUUCCUGGAGAUCUAUAAUGACGUGCUGACCAACAACAGCCACCUGACUGGAAUAGUGGACCACACCUCACGACUCGGCAUCAUCACUAAGGACCUCUUCCAGGUGGUGUACACCAGGGUCACCCGGGGCAUGCUUCAUGAAGACAAGUUGGUCUUUGCCUUGCUCCUCUGUCGAAUCCACCUCAGGGGAUUCUCUCAGGAAACCAACUUCGAGCAUGAGCUGAACCACCUGCUUCGAGGCAAGGAAGGCAUCCUGCCGGGUCAACCAACCAUCCACGUUGCCGGUCUGUCACCUGACCAAUUAGAGGGCGCCACCGCACUGUCGAGACUGCCCGCAUUCCGCAGCCUCCAGCAACGCCUGGACGAGCAUCCGGACUUCCUGGGAUGGGUGGAGAGCACUGCUCCAGAGCGUGACGUGCCCGUCCUGUGGGAGGAGGGUUCGCGACCCCUGACCUCCGUGGGGCAGGCCAUGCACCAGCUUCUGGUGAUCCAGGCCUUCCGCCCAGACCGGGUCAUCGCCCAAGGACACCAGGUGGUGACCUCCGUGCUUGGCAACGACUUCACCUCGGCCUCCGAAACUGAGCUGGACCUGGCUGCCGUCGUCGACAACGAGGUGAAGGCAGGCACUCCGAUCCUAAUGUGCUCGGUGCCUGGCUACGAUGCGAGUGGCCGUGUGGACGACCUGGCUGCCGAGCUGGGUCGCAGCAUCACAUCUCUGGCCAUGGGCUCGGCCGAGGGCUUCAGCCAGGCUGAGAAGGCCAUCAACGCUGCCUCCAAGAAUGGACGGUGGGUGAUGUUGAAGAACGUGCACCUGGCCCCCCAGUGGCUGGUGCAGCUCGAGAAGAAGCUGCAUGCGCUGCAGCCACACCCGGCCUUCCGCCUCUUCCUCACCCUCGAGGUGCACCCCAAGGUGCCCGUGAACCUGCUCAGGGCCGGACGGGUGUUCCUCUUCGAGCCCCCGCCAGGCAUCCGUGCCAACCUGCUGCGCACCUUCUCCACCGUGCCUGCACAGCGCAUGAUGAAGGCACCUGGUGAGCGAGCCCGUCUCUACUUCCUCCUGGCCUGGUUCCACGCCAUCGUCCAGGAGCGGCUGCGCUACGUCCCGCUCGGCUGGGCCAAGCACUACGAGUUCAACGAGUCCGACCUGAGGGUGGCCUGCGACACCCUGGACACCUGGAUUGACACCAUCGCCAUGGGACGCACCAACCUGCCACCAGAGAAGGUUCCCUGGAAUGCACUGCGCAUUCUGUUCGGCCAGUGCAUCUACGGAGGCAAAAUCGACAAUGACUUCGAUCAGCGUUUGCUGAACUCUUUCCUGAGCAAGUUGUUCACAGCCAAGAGCUUUGAGCCGGACUUCAUGCUCAUUGAGCCCAAUGCAGGAGACAGCCUCGACAAGGGCAUUGCCAGCCCUGAGGGUAUAAGGCGGGACCAAUUCUUGCACUGGGUAGAGUCGCUGCCGAGCGGCAAACACCAUCAUGGCUCGGACUGCCGAACAAUGCAGAGAAGGUGUUGCUCACUAACAGAGGGAGCGACCUGAUAGCAAAGCUGCUCAAGAUGCAGCUGCUGGAGGACGACGACGAGCCGGCCUACGUGGCGGCCGAAGAGGGCGAGAGGGCCGUGCCGGGCGACGGCCGACCUGCCUGGAUGGCCACCCUGCAGCAGUCGGGCUCCACCUGGCUGCGGCUGCUCCCGCCCAGCCUCCAGAGCCUGCGCCGCACCAAGGACAACAUCGGCGACCCGCUCUACCGAUGCCUCGAGCGGGAGGUCAACGUGGGCUCUAAGCUGCUCAAGGU